AUGAAGAUUUCUCAAUCCCAUCACGUACGCAUAAGGGACAACAAUCCAUACGGUGUAGACAUCGAAGCUAUUCUUAAAUACAUUGAAACUCAAUACGAUACAGAUAUCAGAUCUUUGCCACAAUGGAAAGAACUUAUAAAGCGUUUGCACGUCACUACCACUGACUGUAAAAGAAUUAUUCAAAAUGCUAACAGAAGGAAGCUACAAAUUAUUGAUAAAUUAUAUAGAGAGUCCACAAGACUUUCCCCAUUUCAGCUAACAGAUAUGCUGGCAAGAACUGCUAGCCGAUGGAAAAUGUUAGAAGAUGAAGCACGGAGAAAGAAAAUUCCUUUUAAAUUAGAACCAGAAAUGAUACCAACGGCUGAAGCGUCUGAAGGAUCUUAUGCAGAACAGAGUGAGGUAGAAUCCGGUCAUCCAAACACAGAAGUGAGUCAAUACCAAGAUUUUGACUUAGAGACUUUACCGCAAAAAUCAGAGCCAGAAUCUGAGACACCAAUCUGCAUCUCUCAUUUGCCAGUACUUAUUACUACCAACCCACAUGAGUUCGUUGGUCCUUCUUACAGUGUUUUGAGUCGCCGGUCGGAACAAACAACGGAAAGAAAUAGGUCUGUCACCAUGAAAGAAUAUCAAGAAUGGAAUUUGUUACCAGAGUCGACUUUAGUGAAAAGUUUACCAAAAGAAAUAAUCAUAAAAAAUGAUUCAUUAGAAGAACAAUUUAUUAAAUUUUCUAUAGUAAAUUGUGGCACCGAAUAUCUACACAUCAAAUAUGUUUGUGUUACAGAAAAAUCGCAUUUUAGAUAUGCUAAAGUAAUACCCAAGACUCCUACUAAACUCUACCCGGGACUUGCCGUAGUUUUUAAAUUAUUUUUUAAAGUUGUCCAGAAUGAAUAUGAUUUUGCAUCUAGUUUAUACUUCAGAAUAGGUCAAAUUGUAUUAGAUGAAGGGUCAACAUUGAAUUCAUUGUGUAUACCAGUCAAAACCAACUACACUCAAUUAAGAAAUGUAUCAGUUUCUGAAGCUGUUUAUUUACCUGCGAUAUAUCCAUGGCAAAUAGGUGAAGACUUUGGAUAUCCUACGAAUUAUAUAAAUAUAUCUGUUUUGGAUAAUUUCUCUUAUCAUGUACACAUUAGCAAAAGGCAGUUAAACUUUGAUGAUUUACAAGAUAGCAGACAAUCUUUGGGAGAAAUUGCGGAAACGCAGAGUAAUCCUACAAUGGAAAUACAAAGUAAAACGAAACAAACCGCUAAUGAUAUCAUUGAUGAAGUUGAAUCUUUUGACAGUGCAGUCAUAAUAUCAUCGGUUGUAUUUGAUGUCGUCGAAGCAUCAAUGGAUGCAUUUUGGAUUGAAAAAACAUACGUACAUUUGAGAAAAUCCAAUUUGAAAAUUCCUGUUCACCUUACUAAAGUUGAAUUUAUUGGCAGUCAUCAUGCUUGUUAUGAUGUUGAUUUUUUUGACUCAAAUACUGAAAAGUGGUUUUUUACCAAAACAGUCAGAGUUUAUGCUGAAGUUCUACCGCAUCCUGUAGAAAUACAGCCUCCAAUACUUGACAUGACAAACUCUCCUGUAUUUCACGGUUUUUGCGAAGAUAAAUUCUUUAUAGCUAACAAUCAUAAAUCAUAUUCAGUGACUGUAAAAAUUAAAUUGACAACAAAAAUGAAGAAAUUGUUGCGUAUUUAUCCCAUGGAAGUGGUGAUUCCACAAAGGUCUAAUGUCUCCUUUGACGUAAGGUUUUGUUCUCCAGGAUUGCUGAUGCGUAAUUUUGACGAUUUAGUUCAUUUCACGUUCAAAAUUGUAGUCACAGGAUUUAGAUCAAUUUAUUAUAAAGUUCCUCCAUUUUUCUUUGAAAUUAUUGCACCAUGUUUGAACGUGUAUGAAAAAGUUUACAAAAAGAAAGUGGAAACAUAA